CGAACUCUAUGGUGUAGGUUUUGUGGAGCUCGCGCUUCUCUGCGGCACACUGCGAUGGCGCUGCGGCUCCAAUCUUCCUCCGGGGGCGCCGAGCGUCCCUCAAAUUCUGAUUCGCAAGACAAAAUACCGGCAUUCUCCGUUGUCCGGAAGAAGACGCCCUUUCAGAAGCACAGGGAAGAAGAGGAGGCUAAGAAGAAGCGUGCCGACGAAGAAGCUGCCCGUCUCUACGAAGAGUUUGUCGAGUCGUUCAAGGCUGAUGACACUCCAGGCAGCAAAGCGUUUGUUCGCGGUGGAGUUAUGAAUCCAAACGAACGAGUAAAGGCCACCUCGGAAAAGGAGAGAGACAAGAGUAGCUCGGAGAGUCCUGUGACGAGAGUGCCUUCCUCCGCAAAAAAACCUGGCAGCAGGUAUGUGCCAUCUUUCAUUCCGCCUGGAUUGGCAGCAAGUGUAAAUAAGGACAAGGAAUCUGACAAGAAGAAGGAUGAAGAGAAAGCCAAGGAAAAAGAUCGUGGCAAAUCCCGCAACAUAGAUAAUUUUAUGGAAGAGCUGAAAAAAGAACAAGAAAUGAGGGAGAAGCGCCAUCAAGACCGAGAGCAUCGACAACGAGAUGGAAAACCACGAGGCACUUCAACGCCUCCCAGUCGUUUCGACGAGCUUCCCGAAGAAGAUCCGAACGGCAAGCUUCCUGGAUCGUUUGAUGAUGGUGAUCCACAGACGACCAAUCUCUACGUUGGAAAUCUCUCACCGCAGGUCGACGAAAACUUCCUGCUGAGGACGUUCGGUCGUUUUGGACCAAUUGCCAGCGUCAAGAUUAUGUGGCCACGAACAGAAGAGGAAAGAAGAAGGCAGCGUAAUUGUGGAUUUGUUGCUUUUAUGAACAGGGGUGAAGCUCAAGCUGCAAAAGACGAGAUGCAAGGUGUUGUUGUAUACGAGUAUGAGUUGCGCAUCGGCUGGGGUAAAGCUGUCGCCCUUCCAGCCCAGGCUCUUCCUGCUCCUCCUCCUGGCCAAAUGGCUAUACGGUCGAAAGAGGGCGGUGCCACAGCUGAUGUUGCAUGGUCUGGCCCAGGGGCUCCUUCUGCCGUUUCAGUUAAUACUCAAAAUGCUGAAGUGGUGCUGACACCCAACGUUCCUGAUAUUGAGGUGGUUCCACCGUCAAACAGUCAUCUUCGACAUGUUAUAGAUACCGUGGCUAUGUAUGUUCUUGACGAUGGCUGUCCUUUCGAGCAAGCCAUUAUGGAAAGAGGCCGUGGUAACACUUUAUUUAACUUUUUAUUUGAUCUGGGAUCCCCCGAGCACACAUACUAUGUCUGGCGACUCUAUUCUUUUGCUCAGGGAGACACACUUCAAAGAUGGAGGACAGAGCCUUUCAUCAUGAUCACGGGUAGUGGGCGAUGGGUUCCUCCUCCGUUACCUCAGCAAGAUGCUGUAAGAAGUCCCGAGCAUGAGAAAGCAUCAACUUUUGCUGCUGGCAGAGUCAGGAGAGAUACGUUUGAAAGAUCACUCGCGGAUGCCCAACGUGACGAGUUUGAAGAUAUGCUACGUGCUUUGACGCUUGAAAGAAGUCAAAUAAGAGAUGCAAUGGGUUUUGCUCUUGACAACUCUGAAGCUUCUGGAGAGGUGGUUGAUGUCUUGACGGAGUCCCUUACAAUCAAGGAAACACCAAUUCCGACUAAAGUGGCGAGGCUUAUGCUCGUAUCUGAUAUACUACAUAACAGCAGUGCUCCGGUGAAGAAUGCAUCGGCUUAUCGCACCAAUUUUGAAGCUCGGCUACCAGAUAUUAUGGAGAGUUUCAAUGACUUAUACCGCAAUAUAACAGGACGAAUAACAGCCGAAGCACUGAAGGAGCGCGUGCUGAAAGUCUUACAGGUUUGGGCGGACUGGUUUUUAUUUACGGAUGCCUACGUAAAUGGAUUAAGAGUCACUUUUCUACGCUCUGGAAGCUCUGGUGUUCCUGGCUUCCAUGCUCUCUGUGGAGAUGCUCCACCAGCUGGACUGGAAGAUGAGCAGAGUAUGGACGAAGAAAGAGUUCAUGAAGCCGCUCUUGCGGUUUGCCAAGGAGAGCCUGCAGCCGAGUUGAUGAGCCUGCCCUGUGCGGAACUAGAAAGAAGAUGCCGUCACAAUGGUCUAUGCAUACGAGGAGGGAAAGGGAUCAUGGUGGCCCGGCUAUUAAAUCUGGAAGAGUCCGAGAAACAGAAGGCUGGGAAUGGAAGAAACGACUUGCACAAGGCUGCGAGGCAAAGGCCGGUCAAGCGUUUCGAUGAUGAUCCUGCCGAUACGCGGAAGAAAACCAUCUUGCCUGCUUCAAAGUGGUCGAAAGAGGAUGACGGCAGUGAAGAGGAAGAUAGAAACGAUGGAAGGGUGGGGUAUUCGUCCGGAGACGAAGUGUUCGAGAGGCGCAUGGACAACGAUGGAAGAAUAGACGAAGAAAGAAGGCAAAAGUUGAGAAGGCUGGAGGUGUCGGUGAUGGAGUACAGGGACUCGCUAGAGGAGAGAGGCUCGAGAAACGUGGAGGAGAUCGAGAGGAAAGUAAUGCAACACAGGAAAAAGCUGGAGUCAGAUAUUGGCGUGGAGGAUUCUUCCCGAGGCUCUGAUCGAAACGAGAGGAGGGACGUCUUCUCCAGGAAACGAACCAGGAGCCGGAGCCGCAGCCGGAGUCCUCCAAUGCGCGGCAAGGAUAGAUCGAAAGAAAGGGAGCGAGGUAGCAAAGAUAGAAGGGAGAGAGAUAGAAGAGCAAGAAAGUGAAGGUUGCUUGCUUGCUUGCUUCAUUAUAAAGUGGGCUUUGUCCAGAAAUUCUUUUAAGUCACUAAGCUUAGAACGAUCUUGAUCA